AUGUCAGCCAAGCCCAGAACCACCAGCGAGGCUGAUCGAUCCCGACUCUUGGAGUUGCCAGACGAGAUUCUAGCGAGGAUCUUCACGCACUUGGACCGGCAGUCUCUGAGCAAAUGCUACAGGAUUAACAAGUAUCUCAAUACCUUGCUCUCGGAAAACUCGACCAUCUCACUGCACUACACGCUCAUGUGCAAUAAUCUCCUGCUCAAUUCUGAUGCACUGAGACCGUCUAUCAAAUACCCAAAUUAUGCUCCUUCUUCAUCAGCACAGCUCUUGUCGACCUUGAGAGAGCGUCUGACUCGACUUCGGAAUUUCACACCCAAGAGCGAGACAGACUUCAGUCUGGUUGAACCUGAGGGGAGACUAUACGAAUAUCUUGAAGGCCACCUCGUCCGGAGUACAGCUGGCGAAAGAGCUCUAUCGGGCAACAUUGCCUUCUACGAUUUGAACAAAUUGGACGAUUGGGAGGAUGUAGAGGAAGUAGAGGUCGAGGAGAUGGUUCAAACGUCUCCUUCUACGAGCCGACGAGAAGGAAGGGAGCAGCCAAUUACAGCCGAGGCGAGCGAAGAUUCGACCCCUUUGCUUAUGGACGAUCCGGAGAAGGAACUUGGGGAGAACAUCAGGCGAUUGAAAGACUUUGGGUUCGAUGUUGCAGAAUUCGCAAUUGAUCCAGGUCAGGAUCUACUCGUCCUCGUUGAAGUCAAAGUGGCUGGAUGGCGUAACAAUCGGUCGAGAUCCUGGACGAUGCACUUGCAUCUCAUGUCCUUAUCAACCUUUGAGCCUCAUCCACUGGCUCGUCAGUCGGUCCUCGAUUGGCCUUGGACUCUAGGAAGACAGAGCGUCAAUCUGGCUUUUCAAAUUUGUGACGACGGUUUGUAUGUCCUGAGUAUGAAUCAAAGCAACGAGACUUCUGGAACACUCUGUGGAUGGCAGUGGACGACAGGAUGGAGAGCAAUCAGCCUUCGAUCCGCCGGGACAGUCUCAUUCGAAUCAUUCGUCCUUCUGACGCCAACAUCAUUUGCCGUUCCUGUUGUCAUGACUCAUCUCGAUAUGACUUCUGGUGCCCUUGGAGAGCUCAAUAAUCCUAUCGACCUAUCCUUCACUCACCAUAUUCAACUUUACGCCUUCCCUCCAUUCUCCUCCACCGAUGUCCCCGCUGCAAACUCGUCUGAACCGAUGCCACCGCCGAGAACACCGACUCACAUCAAGACCAUCGACCUCCCGGACUUUUACUAUGACCUCGUGGCUGGGAUCGGUCCUCCAAGGCUGGACAUCCGAACAGACCCGCCUCCCAGAACGACAUUCCCUACGUUUCAAGAUGGGCACAUUCAGCCUUUCGUCCCUGAUCCCAAGACUGGCUUGAUCAUCAUGAACGUUACGUGUCAGAACGCUGGAGAAUUCUCCGAGAUUGAUGUUCACUUUGUCAUCUGCAUGCUCAAGGAGACUUUGACCAAGCACCUUCCACCCCCCACGAGUCCGCUCUUGACAAAGGAAUUUGCACGACCAAGCACAGUCGUCCGAUGGGAAUCUAUACAGGACGAUGUUAGGAUCUUUGGACCAGACAUUGAGCGACCUGCCUGGGUAUGCAACGUAUUCCACAAUCGAUACGUCCAGAUCAUCAGAACCGCUCAAGAUCGUCUCUUCAUGCGACUGUAUGACUUUGACCCUCUACGGGUCUUGAAGGAAAUUAGAAAGAGAGGAGCUGCAUUCCCUCAUGAGGACCAGGACCAAGAUGGCUGGAGCCCGUCUGGCUUACGCUCGAUCGAAGAUGAUGGAGUGUUCCUCGAAGUCCGAGAAGGAUAUCUGGAUGGAGAAGUCACCUAUGGCUUGCACGACGUUGACGCUCUCACGUUUGGGAGCAAGCUCCCAUUCCUCUACGUCGAUCGCCCCUUGCGGGGAGAAAUUGCUAUAAUGGACGGAGAGCGGAUAGUGACCAUGGUGAGCAUCGCAUGUCUGCUGCGCGUGUCACCGAGUACUGAUUGA